AGUAGCUACAGCAGGUCCCGUUACCUUUUCUGUGAGCAGCCGAGGACAUGACAGCAGAGAGUAAAAAGGAAUAAAAAAUAAAAAUAUUUAAUUUAUUAUAUAUUAUAUUUAGUUCUGGAGAGUCAUGACGCCGUCACAGAGAGCUCGAUAUGGAUGCGAAGCGGCGCGAAACGCUAAAUGGAGAACAGCAGCUCCUCCAGUCCCCUUGUUAAAACGUGCUGUUGGGGCACCCCAGCCGUGGCCAAUUCACCCUAACUCUACAGGACAGGUCCACAGGUCCCACUUCCCACCUCCUCCUCCUCACCUCCCUCUCUUCCACACCCGCCAUGCUGAGGAGAGCGCUGAGAGGCCCCAUCUGGUCACCAUCAUCCGCCCUUGUGGUCAAAGUACACUACGCAAGGUAACAGUCCUGUUGAACCGUAGAGGUGUGGUGUCUUUCGAACAACUGCUAUUGGAUAUCUCUGAGGCGUUGGGCUUUCCUCGCUGGCACAGAGCCAGAGUCACACGCCUGUACACGACCCACGCACGAGAGGUGAAAGGUAUAUGUGAUUUCUUCCGAGGUGAGGUGGCCUUCUUGGCGCUGGGAAAGGCUCGUCCGGAGCUGAGCGGUGUGCAGGAGGCUCUGGAGGAGCUGUUUCCAGAACAUUCCCAUUACCGGUCUGACGCACUACGGGCCUGGGAUAAAAGACUUCGUCCAGCACCAGAUAAAGCAGCUAAGGCUGACAGCGGGUACAGCGAGGGGACAGACAGCAGCGAGACACACACUAACCAAGAGACUGACCAUGUCAAAAAUCAUACUAAUACACACACAAGUACACAGCCACCUCACCAUAUAGACACACACCGGCCUGAAAUUUACAACUCAGAUGUUCGGAAAUGUCAUAAAAAGAAUUCAUGCAGAAAACCUGCUCACCUGCCCAACCACCUGCAGCGGCUGCGUGUGAGGGGUGGGGUCAGGGAUCGACAACCAUCUGUCAUCUGCCCUUUUAAACACGAGGAAGGUGUUAGAGAAGCAGACGUACCUUCUCCUACACUGUGUGAAGACUGCUUAGCAAGAAGGGUUAAAUAUCAGGGUCCUGAGCAGCUCAAUCUGCUGUCAGGGAGGGUCCCACUUCCUCCUGUGGCAAGGAAGCAAAAAGGAAGUUCUUAUACAGAACAGGAAGUGAGAAAAUCGUACAUUCACAUCAGCCCUCCACCUCCUCAGCCAGCCAGCGAGGAUGAGGAGAAGAGCGUUGCCCAAAUACUUUCAAAUCCACUUCCAGAUGUGGGUCAAGUACACAAGGAAAAACAGCAGAGGACGACCUUCGACCUUGCUUCAGAUGGCAGUGAUGUCACUCUGGCAGAUAUCGAGCGUUGCUACGAAAUUGGACGUUUAGUUGGAGAUGGCAACUUUGCAGUAGUACGAGAGUGUCGCCGUCGUGACAAUGAACAAACCCUCGCUGUGAAGAUUGUCGAGCGCUCCAAGCUGAUUGGGCGAGAGCACAUGAUGCAGAAUGAGCUGAGCCUUCUGGGUAGCCUCUGCCACCCGCGCAUUGUGCGGCUAUUUGCGCACCACCACACACGCACUCACUCCUACCUGGUGAUGGAGCUGGUGAGCGGGGGGGAUCUGUUUGAGGCCAUCAGUGAGAGGGGGAAGUUUCCAGAGGCGGAGGCAGGACUGAUGGUGUCGGAUGUGAGUGAAGCGCUGAACUAUAUCCACUGCAAAAGUAUCGUCCAUCGAGACCUCAAACCAGAAAACGUGCUGAUAGAGCGUGUGGCUGCUGGCAUCUGUAGGCUGAAACUGGGAGACUUUGGUCUUGCCAUGGUUGUGACUGAGCCAGUCUUCACCAUAUGUGGCACGCCCACGUAUGUAGCCCCAGAGAUUCUCUGUGAGACAGGUUAUGGUGUUGCAGUGGAUGUUUGGGCUCUGGGUGUUAUUCUCUACAUCCUGCUGUGUGGAUUCCCCCCAUUUCGCAGUCGGGAUCGGGACCAGGAAGAGCUUUUCCAGUUAAUAAAACAGGGACAGCUUCACUUCCUGUCCCCCUACUGGGACCCCAUCUCAGAAGAAGCCAGAGGCCUUGUCAGAGCUCUGCUUCAGCCAGAUCCCACAGUGAGGCUGACAGCAGAGCAGACCUCGCUCCAUCCCUGGGUGAAGGCUAUGGCUUCAAUUUGCAGGCAGAGGGCGCUCACAGACAAAACUCAGAGAGAAACAGCAGAUACUGGAGCAGAACCAGACAAGCCUAGACAAGCCCAGAAACAAGCUCAGACAAAUCCAGUCCAGACAAUAACACACCUAACACCGGGAGACACCAGCAGUGAGGGAGACAUCACACAUCACACUGAGAUGAACACAGGAAGAGGACAAGAUGAGGACAAACCACCACUACAACAAUCAAAAGAGACAGCUCACACUGUAUCCCAACAGCUCCAAGUGCCCACACCUUCAGAGGCCACACCUGGGCAACAGAAACCAAAGUGCACCCCUACAGACUCUGGCUCACCCAGCAGGGAGCCCAGCAGCCACGAGAGACAGGAUCCAGGUCCUCCAGACUGUGAUUCUGGAAGCCCAGUCAGCCUGAGUGCCCCCUCUGAGACACAACCACCUCCUCAUUCACCUCCUCCUACCAAUACAGUGCAACAAACCACAGCGGGUCACUUAACACAUCAACCAGCAGCAGCUUCUUCAUCUCAUUCUCUCCAUCAGCAGAACUUCACCUCUACCCUGCAGACCCCUACCACCACAGAAACUGCUAACAGGCCGAACGCUCACACCACCUCCCCCCACCCACCCGUGCAGUCUUGACCUCACUGUCAAUCUCCUGUUUAACCAUGUGAUUAGAUCAGUCAUCACUUUCAUUGUUCCGGAGAAUACCACUGAUUUCCCAGCAGCUGAAUCCUUGAAUGACCUGCAGAUGAUGUGAUUUACUUUCUUUGGAUUGAAUAGUAUCUGAUUGAUGAAGCUAGCUAAAUCUCAUAAAUGUGUGUGUAAUCCAUGUUUCCUGCAAUCACAAAAUGAUGAUGUAAUGACUUAAUGUAUGAGGAUGUGAAGUAGUGAAGCACUGUAAAUAAUGUGUUGAAAUUAAUGGAAUAGUGUUGAUCAAGUUGGACUUAAAUCAUGGUUUCUAAUCUUGUGAUGUAUUCAUGAAAAUGUAUUUAGUACAUUUAUUAAGUGUUUUUGUUUUGGUUGUAAAAAAAAAUGUCUGCAAGCCAUUUAUGUUAUCGUAUCUGCCAUUCCUAGUGGAAGCUAUUUUUGAGUGCUUGUGUGAUCACACUGACCCAUCCUCCUUUUAAUACCACUUCCCCUUUAAGUCAGUUCCUAGAAGUCUGUGCGAGGAUCGUUUAUCUAGCAACAUUUGUUUACUAUACCUUCAUAGACUAAAAAUAUCUGUACCAAGAACUUUUCAUUUUAGUCAUGGUAAAAGUUUGCCAUAAACUCUUGAA